AAACAAAAUGAAUCAGUUCGUUCAAGCUAGUCCACUUUUUAAAUAAUAGUUCAUCUCCUUGGACCAGAAUACCAGCUGAAAAGUGGAUCUUCCAGUAGAGUCCAGCCAUAAUAUGAGCUGGACUCUACUCUGUAUGGGAUAAGCAGACGGAACUUUAUUGAAAUGUUAAGAAUAUUUCAAGUAUCUUUGUCGACCAGUUUCCUCAAUUUUCUGUAUUUUCUCUGUGAUAAUUUAUUAUAAGAAAAUUUAAUUUUGUUAGAUUAGUACUUCUUACUAUGGACUAAUAAUUUGCAAAUUCAGCCAGAGGGUCUCAGAACAAGUGUUAAAGGGUGUCCCAACAAGAAUUAUUAAAGAUGUCCCAUUUUAUAUUUUAAAAGGGGUUCAAUUCAUGCAAAAUUUAUAAAGGAUGUCUUUGGAAAAAGAAAAGUGGCCCAGAAUACAUAAUCAAGGAUGUCUUCGAUACAAGAUACAUAAACUUGCAUUUAUUAUGGGUUAGAUGAAAUCAACUUUAAGUUUCAACCUUUUUUUUAACACCAUGAACUGCAAUACACCAAGAUUAAUAUCUCACUUAUUUUGUCAUGAAAACCAUAUUUAAUAGAAAUUUAAUGAUAACUUAUAUUUUGAUUUUUUCACUUAUUUAUAUUCUUUAUAAAGGUAUAUUUGUACUGAUCCUUAAUUUUCCUAACAAUACUGUAUUCCAACAAGUGUAGCAUGUACUGUACUGUGUUACAGAUAAAAAUGCAUAGAGGGCGAGGUGGUGGCCCAGCUUGGGGUCAACAGAACCCCUGGAGCGGAUAUGGAUAUAAUGGUCCUCCUCCUCCGGGUUGGGGAGGUGGUCCACCGGGAUGGGCGGGACCAGGAGUUCCUGGGUGGGGUGGUGGUCCAGGAUUUGGUCCUAGAGGACCCUGGAUGGGACCUAGGAUGGGUGGGCCGGGGCCGGCGGCGUUUGGAAAUUGGAAUCAGGAGUUUCCGCCGCUAGGGGGUCCGCCAGGGGAGGUGGAGGCACCCCCGGGAGAGGAAGCGGUUCCUGUUCCUGGUCAGGAACCUGGGAUACCAGGGGAGGAGGGUGGUGCAGGUGCACCGGCACCUGUACAAGGGUUUGAUCAGGAUCAAAUUGUGGAGGGAUAUGGAGGUGGAAUGUGGGGUGGAUAUGAGGAAGGGUAUGGGGAAGGGUAUGGGGGCGGUGCUCCCCCUGGAUUUGGAGGGCCCGGAUUCGGGGGUGCAGGGUAUGGUGCGGGAGCUUGGGGUGGGAACGCUGGGUAUGGGUAUCAAGGGUUCAACAAUCAAGGUAAGAAGAAGAAUAAGAACAAGAACAAGGAGGCUGCUACUCCUGUUAAGCCUACAGAAGCAGCUAAACCUCCUGCUAACACUUCUCCUAAUGUAACACCUUCUAAAAAAGUAGAAGAGGUUAAAUCUCUAAAUCCUGAGGACUGGCCUCCAGCCUUGAAAGCCUAUGUAUCCCGGUGUUUUGAACAGUGUAUGACUGAUGUAGACAAGGAUCAGGUUCAGAUUAUCCUGAAAGGAAAAAUAACUGCAGCGGCCAGCUCGAACACACUCUGGACAAAGAACUGGGAGGAAGAAGCUCUACCCUCUACCCUAAGCUCUAAGCUCUCAUCACACCUCGGAGAUACGUCCAGUCGAGGGAAGGUUUUUCGGGGUGGAGCACGGGGGCGAGGAGCUCUCUUGGCUAGAACAGGACGGAAAGAUAUAUUUAAUAAGAAGAAGGAAAAUGAUGUUAAACAGCCCGACUUUGGUCGGAAUCCAAACAUGGUUCCAAUUGGUAAAGGUGGGAAAAGAGAAAAAGUCCCAUAUUUCUAUACUAACCCUCUGCAAAUGGAAUUGGAGGGUGAUAUUGGCGGAUCAGCUAAGAAGAUGAAAAGAGCGGCAAGGUUCGCCGGAGAAUCCCCUCCCCCUGCCCGGAGAAAAACCUUGAACUUGGCGUCGUUAAACGACAAGUUGUUGAAGACGGAUGAGAGUUGGGAGGACAGGGAUGGGAUUGACUGGGAGCAAAUGCAUAUUGUUGGAACAUGUACAAAGUUGGAGAAACAGUUCCUUAGACUCACAGAAGCUCCUGAAGCUCACAAGGUAGGUUCCUGUUGGGCAAACUCAUGGAGGCACAUUUAUACCAAAAGAUUAUUUUCUCCGAUUGUUUAUGAGACGCAUGCGCGAGUAGCUCUUGAGAAGGGAGAUUUUACCGAGUUUAACCAGUGUCAGUCCCAGCUGAAGAUGCUGUACCAGGAGGUUGGGGGAGAGAACAGGCUUGAGUUCACGGCAUACAGGAUCCUUUACUAUAUGUACACAAUGGAGGUCUUAGAUAUAAUGUCUGCGCUGGCUUCUUUGAGUGCGGAGGAGAAAAAGGAUGAAUGUAUUCGUCAUGUGAUUCAGCUCAGAGACUCCUGGAGUCAAGGAAACUAUGUCAGGUUCUUCAAGCUGUACAGUACUGCACCUAAGAUGUCCGGUUACCUCCUGGACUGGUUUAUUGAGCGGGAACGUAAACGCGCGCUCACAACUAUAAUCAAAGCAUAUCGGGUUGGGAUCCCUGUAGAAAAUGUGAUGAAGUCUAUAUCAUGUAGUAAAGCGGACUGGAGUAAAUUCAUCGAACCCUACCCUCUCUCCUUCACGGACAAGAAGAAGGACGUUCUGGACUGCAAGACGAGUAUGGGAGCCUUGCCUCUCACAAAAGCAACGUAGUGGGACUCUGACCAAUCAAUCAAUCAAUAUUUGGUUUUCAUCAAUAUCUUCCGAUAGUCUUGACGCAUCGAACCCAUUCGAAGAUCAUCACUUCAAUCAUCAACCUUUUUAUUAUUUAUGAGUAGGUUCUGCCCAUUCAUUUCAACACCAUUCAAGUCAUUUAUUCAAGUUGUCAGCUAAAUUAUAAUUAUCUUGUUCAUCAGCAUGCUCAAUUCCUUCUAUUCAACCAGUAAAGGCGCGGUCUUGCAGUACCUGGAACAUCUCAAAAGAAUCCACGACAUGGGACACCGCUGUUUUUCCAAGACCUGCGUAAAUCAAAUAAGCUUCGGCGUCCUAACAUUAAUGUUAAUUAGGUGUAUCUGUCAUUGCUGACAAUAUCUUGAAGAUACCUCAACAUGUGACGGUAUUAGACUCCCUCAAGAUAAUUCAUGGUGGUCGGAGAAUCAUACUCAGCGAACCCUGAUUUUGUUCUACAAAUGGAAUUCCUUUAACGACAGUUCCUUCCCCCCUUUCCCCUGUCUGUUCCUUUUCCCUUUCCAUUUGUAGAUUUCAGGGUUUCUUAUCUCCGGCCCAGAUGGAGGUCGGAUUAAUGAAUUAAUGAAGGAGGGACGACAUGUCCCCCAGCCCGUACUAAUUAAUUAAACCUAUAUAAUUUAUCUUUAGGUGUAAUUUUUCUAAAUUAAACUUAAUGAAAUGUACUCUGCUUGUUCUAGGUACCAGAAUCCAUAGGAAGAGAAAAAUAAAAUGUUUGAAUUGUUUAA